AUGACGAGGAUCGCGGCCAUCUGGGCGGGGCUGGGCGACGACGCAGAGGCAAACGAUUGGUAUCGGGACAAGCAGAUUCCCGCCGCCGUCAAGAAGAUCGAGUCGACCGCCCGCAAUGCCGAGCGGAAAGAAGAAAACGUCUUCCAGGAGGUCACACACGUCGAGGGCCGCCACAUGACCAUAUACGACCUGCCCGACGGGCCCUCGGAGGAAGAGCUCGAGGCCCAGAUCCGCCCGGCCCUGGAAGAAAUCCCCGGCGACGCCCAGCUGAAAACGCGAUGUUACCGCGAGUACGCCAAUUGGUUUGGCGAGGAUUGGAGAGGCGAUUCCCGAGACGUCCAGAUGUGGGCGGUAGUCCUGUGGCAGCCCGUGCCAGAGGCCCAUGACGAGCUGCUGGACUGGUAUGUUGAUGAAUUCAUUCCCGGCAUGUUUGAAAGCCCCGAACUGCUGCGCGCCCGCAUCUUCAAGCUGGAGCGCGCCACCAAUAUCCGCGGCCAAAAGCACGGCCAUGUCGACAAGGAGUCGCUAUUGCAGUACAUGACCAUCUGGGAGUAUGCCAGCGACGAACUGCCGUGGGAAGUCCUGGUCUACCUGGGGAGUUCGGAGCGAUGGAGGCACUAUGUUGAAGGGCACUACAUGAAGUGGGAAAUUGCUCAAUAUCUGGUAACGAGAAAAUACUCUAAGACAGGUGGCAAUGACCCUGCGAUCAGAAGUACUGCGUCACUCUGA